AUGGCGGACACAAACCACCACACUACGACCGCGACAACAGGAACAUCUGCUGCUACCGCAGUUUUCGGCACAUACGAACUCCUCGAGCAGACUCUGCUGCAGCUACCACUUCGAAAGCUCUUCACCAUUCAACGAGUGGCACCCAACUGGAAAGAUGUCACAUCGCGAUCCACACCACUAGGAGAACGGAUGUUCCUCCUGGCUAAUGGUCCAGCUCUACGACCUUCUGCGGCAGGCACUGCGUUGGAAAGUGCCGAAUACAAUGUCGACCUGAAGCUGAACCCAGCUACUAACGUCUGGGUCAACUGCAAGAAGGGCAAACAUUACUAUCACGGCGGCACUGGGCUGGCCGAAAGUAGUGUAAGCCGCUCGUACGGACGAGGAGGUUGGUGGAUAGACAUGGAAGGAGUGUGCAUUCCUGCCACCGGUCACUAUCCUAUGCAUCUGGAACCCGUCCAGUGGUAA